UAAAUUGUAGUGGUGCUUUCUGUACAAACAGAUGUACUGAGGUUUUUAGCUUGCCGCUUUCCAGCAGAAGAGCUGAGCAAGUUUAGAGUUAAACUGCAUCUCAGGGUGGGAAGGGGACGGCGAGAUGAGGUUAGAGUACUGCAGACCAGCUGCCGAGGCCACAGGCACAAGAACCAUCCCCUGUAGACACACAAUUGACAGAGCAGUGGCCGAUUGCGGUAACAUAACGAUGCAAGUUUGCUCGAGGAUAUGAUGUAGUAAAGAAGGGGACUAGACCAGAAUCCUGCUGUUAAACAAACAACAGUGUGCCUCACAACCCCCUCCAGACUCCACAAUCACCGAGAUGCUCCUCCCUUAUCUCAGUAUGACCACAUCCAACAGAAAAGCCAUCGGUCGCAAGUGCCUGCUCUUCCCACUUCUCUUCCUAAUCGUGUACUUGUUACUUCAUCUACAACUCGGCAGCUUCGUUACUAUAUGGGACACUAAGAACAGUGCCCGGACGGAGGAUAGGUGGCGCCACAUCUCCGGUCUACAGAGCCUCGUUAGCCGGCUUAACGAGCAGCUUCUAGACGCUGUCGCAGAGAGAGACUUUCUGCACGAUAAACUCAGCUAUAUAGUUGGUAACUUAAGUCAGGGAAAACACCUUGAAGACCUGGGUCUAGACCUGGAUUCUGUUCUCUUUGGGUUGAACGAAGCAGGGGCAAGACCUGCAUACAAGACACACCAGCGUAGCAUGUGGGGGUGUAGGGACAUCGAUGCUAUACAAAUUACCGGGAUUAUAAAAAUAGGGGGCAAAGUUAUGGCAAAGGGACUGUAUGGAACACAGCUGGUUGCAGUGAAGAGUGUGAAUGUCGACCUGCCGGAAGUCGAGAAAUGCCUGGAAGCAAAGAAGUAUAUCAAGAAGGAGGACUGCUUUCUUCUCCCCAGCUACAAGUUGAUUAAGGAGAUUCUGUUACUCCAAGAACUGACUCACCCAAAUGUGGUGAGGAUGUUGGGGUACUGUGUGCGUGGGGAGGGGACCGGUCAGGACAAGGGAGUCACACUAGUCACGGAGAUGGGAACUCCCAUCCAUGACUCUGGGUUGGAGACUUUACCAUGGAGACAGAGGUUGAAGAUUUGCCUGGACUUAGCCAGUUUACUGCGAGUUCUGCAGCGCUCGUCCAUGGGAGAUCUGCUCAUGGCCAACUUCACAGACAGCAUGUUCAUGAUGUCGGAAGGGUCCAUCCGGCUGGUGGGGGUGGGAAGUCUGGUGGGGACGGAGCCUGUCUGUAACUCACACGCAGACUGCCAGCUGGAGGGACUGGAUGCUAGGUCUCCAUGUUCCAACUUCCGCUGCAAGAAUUACAAUUCCAAGACUAAUCUACACAAUGUGUAUCAGUACUUCCUGCGCCCCCUGUUGGUCAGCAGCGCCCCCGAGCAGGUUGCUCACAAAGUGCAGGACCUCCUGUGGGAGCUGGACAGUUUGUCACUUGAUGCACAAGAGCUGCUGGAAAAGCUCCUCCUCAUUUACAAAGGUCAGAUUUAUGAUGAUCCAAUAACCGAUGCCCCCCACCCCAUCAUCCCUGCAGUUCCCAGUCAACAGGACCAGGGACAAGGUCAGGAGAAGGUACCAAAUGCCCAUGGUUACAUCAAGCUGGAGAAUUCCGACUACCAGGCCAAGUUUGACUACCCCUGUCCCAACUCCCGUGCUGACUGGGGAUGUGUGCUGACGGCACAGGGUCUGCAGGAUGCCAUCUUAAAGUGUGACAAAGAUCUGAGAUGUAGAGCUUUUGUCUCCAUUCCUCAUCACAGUGUAGAAGGAUGGUUGACUAUCUUCUUGAAGAAUGGUGCAUCUGAUCCAGCAGCCAACCAGGGAACAACAAUUUACAUAAAGCCACAGAGUAAGGGUGGGAGUAGGGUUCAGCCAGCCGUCAAUCAAACUACUGGACAAAAGCACUCAGCCAAUCAGAAGAGUGUAUUUCAGCAGCAGCCCUGUGUGGAGGAGGAGCUACAGAAACAGAGAGACCUGAGGGGGAGGAGAGAGGAGAGACUGAUGAGGGACUGUGGAUGGAAAGGUUUGACUGAUGAGAAGUGGGCAUCCAUCCUAGCUAACAGCAGCGUCACCUCGGCAGAUAACUUCCAGCACCCCGCGGGGGGUAAGGCCAUCCCCGGGGGACAGCUCACUGUGACCUUACAGGAUACAGCAGGCCAGGUGUUCAAGGCAAUGUUCAUGUCUAAGGCAGGACCAGAGGAGUUCCACCUGUCCCAGUUACUGGUGUAUCAACUGGACAGACUCAUGGGGCUGUACCAGAUGGUUCCCACCUGCAGCCGGCACCUGGAGCAUGUGGAGCUGCAGAAGAUGGGGCUGGUGCAGACGGUGGGGACACUACGGGACAACUUCGCUCAGCUCAAGGACAGAAGCGGGGGGGUUACAGGUACCAUGUCAGCACAGAUCUCAGCUCCAGUGUCUGUGAAAACCCACCUGACCAUCCCAGCCCUGGCCGAGCUGACCCAGGCUGUCACCCCCCUGGGGGCGGAGCAGCACAACGACCUUGAGUACAUCCUGCUGACCUUGCUGGCCAGGCUGCCCUUACCUUCAUCUCUCUAUGGGAUCAGAGGUCGGCGGCUGCUCCUGACCAAAGCUGACGCUGCCUUCCAUGGCAGUCCAGAGAACCAGGACAAGCUGCUGCGUUACCUGCACAACUGUCACUUCCCACAGCACCUCUACAUGGUGCUGCACACAGCCAGGGACAGGAGCUGUUCAUUAGCACAGCAGGUCUUCCAGCAAGUCAAGAAUGCCCUGCCCCCCUCCCACAACCAGGACCUGCACAUUGGCCAGUACUCCAUGGAGAGCUUGAUAUCUACUAUGGACAGAGACAUGAACACACUCUUAGACUUGAUGGACACUUGCAUUGACAAGUUUGGCAAAGAUGUUGUUUUGUAUCAGGAGGGAAUGAAGACAGGAUAGUCAUUAGGAGAAAGAGUGUUAGGUGACCUGUCGCUUUUGAAUCUCUCAUAUAUAUAACUUUAUUGUAUUAGAAUACUUAAACAAUUACAAUCAAUGGUGGGAGGAGUUACAUUGUACAAAGGCAGCUAAUUUGGUAUGGGGGGGCACAAUAUUGCUGAACACAUUUUUAGCAUGUGGAGUGCAGACGCAUGUGCCGACAAUCAUAUGGAAGGUCCUCUUCCCCUGUGAAACUUGUGAAAUGUUGACAGUAUGAAAUCAUGGUACUUCCUGUAUUUUGAGGGGCAAAUUUUGCCUGUAAACUAAGUUAAUGAUGUUCUUUGUAUUGUGUGAAACAUAGCAUUCAAGUUAUACAGUUGCAUAUCAUGAAUAUAGGAAAAUUUAUUAGUUGUGUUUUAUAUUUAGAUUUGUCUUAUUUUAUAUUUUCACUAUCACAAAGAAGUGAGAAAUAGUAGAAUUUACUAAGUAUGAUUCUAAUGUGAGAUUGACAUUUAUGUAUAUUAUGCAUCUGUAAAGUAGUGUUUGUUGCAACCUGUACUUGUAUAGUGUACAAUAAGGUAUUCUACCUUUAUUGAUAUGUUAACAAACAUUGUGAAUUUUUCAAUGAAUGAAUUUUUUAUUGACAUUUGGGAUAAAAUGGGUAGAUAUUGUUGCCAAUUGCAGUUGUGCUCCUACCUAUUGUACAGACAUUUACUAGAGUUAAGGUUGUAAAUAUUUUGUAAAAAAUGUUUGUAUGAACUGUAUGCAAUUUGAACUUGUAUCAUAGCUGAUGAUGAUCAUAGCUAGCUAGCUCUAUGGAUGUGAUGUCACAUGCGUAAAGAUUCUGGUACAAUUAAUGUAUAUUUUGAAUGAAUGUAGCAAGUUAUUUCAAGGUUCCCUCUUUUAUUCAGAUCUCCAAUCUCUCUUCCUGACAUCUAAGUGUCUUGUUAAGUGAGUUAGUCAACCAUUAUUUGUUGUCAAUAGAACUUCCUUGUUGUUUUUUCUACUAGGUAUUAGUCACCUUCGCCAAGAAGGUUAUAUUUUCGGCAGCGUUUCUGUGUCUGCAUGCCUGUGUGUCAACGCAAUAAGUUCAGAAUGUCUGAAUGCAUUGUCUUAAUCAUGAUACAUAUAAUUUUCGUUAUGUGGAAAGGUCUUCAUGAGACUUCAAAUUGUGGGCCCCUAGAGACCUGUUAGGGUACUACAGUCAAACUUCUGUUUUUUUGUGUCCUAUAAUUUGAAGGUGCUAUGGUCACAAACUGAGAGUGGUAGAUAGCUUUUGCAUAGGGAUGAUGUGUUUUAUAUGAUUUCCAUGAUAUUGUAUUACAUGACAUUGUAUUGGUUGCUUAUGACUUAUCUGAUUGAGGCUGAAACAUGUAUUAAUUGAUUAAAUGUUUUGUAUACAAAAUCACACCUAUAGGCUGUUCAGUCUAAAAGUAAAAAUAAGAUAAUGGAGUGCCUUUA